CCCAGCGGCCUUAGCUCAGGAGCCAAGAACAGCACCCCCACCCUCACCCAGGCUACAAGAUUUGGAAUUUGUCUAAGCUGCUUGGGCUGAGAGGCAGCUGGUGAAGGGUGGAGGGAAGCCUAAGAGCUCUCCUGAAAAUGUCAAUAAAACACCCAUGUUUGAUUUGGUAACAUCUACGUGCUCAAACCCUUAAUCCCCUAGCUUCUGCUCCAGUGGCAAGGUAACAGGCGAGGGUGAUCUGGGCUCUUCGGGGAACAGAGAAAGGCCUGACUGGCAGUUCAGGGUGUGACAGGCUCAAGCCGCCCACCUAAGGAAAGGGACCCACCUUUAGCUCCAGCCCCAGGAGGCACCAGCUCCUUCUUCCCGGGCUUUCGGGGAGGAUCUGCCACUGGAAUGGCUAACCCAGCAGCCAAUCACAGAGCCCUGCAGGAAAUAUCUGGGAGAGGUCUUGGAGCUAGGGCCAAGGCAAGUUGAACCCAGCUCCAGUCUGGCCCCGGGCAGUCCCAGCUGUCUCCAGCAAGCCCAGAAGUCAGCACCUCUGCAAGGAACGCUUUGGGGGGCCUGAGGCGUGAUGCUCCCAAAGUUGGUCACACAGGGACUCGUGUUGGCUCUGCUGGUGGGCACGGCAGCAGUGGCCCGGGCCGGUAAGCUGCUCAGCCUGCUCACCUCGGGCCAGGGUGCUCUGGAUCGCCUGGAACUGGACGGCCUGUUAAAUACGCUGGUGGCCCGUGUGCACUGCACCGACGGGCCGUGUGAAAAGUGUCUGUCUGUGGAGAAUGUCUUGGCUCUAGGCAAACCUGACAAGCCACAGCCCGCCCCAGAAUCAGUCCUGGAGUCCAGAUACAUUGUUUACUUUAGUGCUGCUGCCGCCCUCUACCUUAACGACCCAGAGAACACAUGCAAGGACAUCCAAGCUGGCCUCUUGGCCUCCCAUGUGGACAAUUACCUGGCCACACUUGAGAGUCCAGAGGCCAUGACCCUGGGUCUGAGCCAGCUACUGCAGAAGAUUGAGGCCCACACUGCCAGCCAACCCACCGGGGAGAAGACCUGUGUGGAUCUUCCCCAACUACUGGAGGAGGCUGAGGCAGCAGGGGUUUCCAGAAGCGCUGGCCUGGUCUUGACUGCCUUGCUGGAUCAUGUCAUUAAUGGGUCCUGCUUCCAAGGCCUGCCUAGCCCUCAGUACUUUGUGGACUUUGUGUUCAGGCUACACAGUAGUGACCCUCCCAAUAUCACGCUGCAUGAACUGGAGAAUUUGAUGCAUCACCUUGGGGUGGGUGGAGAGGACCACAGUGAUCAUGAUCAUGGCGACCACAGUGACCAUGAUGACCACGGUGACCAUGGUGACCACAGCCACCGAGACUCUGAGCUCCAUACUCCCCACAACAGCAGCUCCAGUGUAUGGGACACGCUGUGCCUGAGUGCCAAAGAUGUAAUGGCUGUAUAUGGGCUAUCUGAACAGGCUGGGGUGAGCCCUCAGGCCUGGGCCCAACUGACCCCUGCCUUGGUCCAGCAGCAGCUAAGUGGAGCCUGCAGCCCCUACCCCACUAUCCGUAUUCAGGACCAGCUCAGUGAAACAGAGAGGUAUCUCUAUGGCUCUCUGGCCACCCUGCUCAUCUGCCUCUGUGCUGUGUUCGGUCUUCUGCUGCUGACCUGUGCCAAAUGCAGCACGGCCACCCACUACAUUAUGCAGACCUUCCUAAGCUUGGCUGUGGGCGCACUCACGGGUGAUGCUCUUCUGCACCUGAUACCCAAGGUGCUGGGACUGCACACACACAGUGGAGAGGGUCACACCCACGAGGAGGAGGUGGGCGUUGGUGGGCAGGCCACCUGGCGCCUGCUGGCUGUACUUGGAGGCUUCUACAUCUUCUUCCUGUUUGAGAGCUUCUUCAACCUCUUGUUGCCCAGGGACCAGGAUUCGGAGAAAGAUGGGCCUUGUAGCCACGGUGGGCACAGCCAUGGAAUAUCUCUGCAGCUGGCACCCAGCAAUCUCCGGCAGUCCAAACAGACCCACGAAAGCUCUCGUUCAGACUUGGUGGCAGAGGAGACCCCGGAACUACUGAACCCAGAGACCCAGCGACUGAGAGCAGAGCUGAGACUGUUGCCCUAUCUGAUCACUCUGGGCGAUGCGGUACACAACUUCGCUGACGGGCUCGCGGUGGGCGCCGCCUUCUCAUCCUCGUGGAAGACUGGACUGGCCACCUCAUUGGCGGUGUUCUGUCAUGAGCUGCCCCACGAACUCGGGGACUUCGCUGCUCUGCUGCAUGCCGGGCUGAGUGUGAAGCGUGCACUUUUGCUGAAUCUGGCCUCAGCACUCACAGCAUUCAUUGGCCUCUACGUGGCUCUAGCAGUCGGAGUAGGCGAGGAGGGCGAGGCUUGGAUUCUGGCGGUAGCCACCGGCCUCUUCCUUUAUGUGGCGCUUUGUGACAUGCUCCCAGCCAUGAUGAAUGUGCGCGACCAGAGGCCCUGGCUUCUUUUCCUGCUCCACAACGUGGGUCUGCUGGGCGGCUGGACCGUCCUGCUGCUGCUGUCAUUGUACGAAGACAACAUCACCUUCUGACAGCUCUAUCCCAUCCCAGUCCUUGUCCCUGUCUGUUGACUCUGCUUUCCCUUCUUAAGCCACGUAAUUGUUGGACCCACUAUGGGUAGCCAGAGGCUUCAAACCUCAUUUCCUUGCUCUGACUUCAAUAAAGACUUUUCCAUCACCCAACC